AUGAGUAAAGAUGUGAUCAUCAGUCAAUUGGAAAACAAACAAAACUGCCUAAUUUGUAAUGCUCAACUGGCAGUCUCAACACGAAAUUGCUUUAACAUAUUUAAAACCAUAUUAUUUCCUUUAGAGAAAAAAGCAUGUGACUUAAUUGGGGCUGUAUUAGAUAUUGAAGUAACAGAAAAUUCUUUACAUAGUGAUGUCAUUUGUAAAAAAUGCUUUAAACUUGUCAAUGAAUUUGCCGAUUUAGAAUCUAGAGUUAGUGAAAUAAAAUAUGAACUGACUACUAAUUUUAAGAAAACAACAGAAUUUUUGCAAAGUAUAGAGGAAGACAGCACUGAUACAUGCAAAAGCGGGAUUCAAAUAAUCCAUAAAAAAGAUGGCCAAAUAUUACAUGAAAAAUCGAGGAUUAAAUUAGAAGAUGAUAAAUUAAAUCAAAUUGUUUUAAGUAGUGCAAAGGGAAGUGCAAUUAUAUCAAAAAAUAUGAUAGUUCUUCCUGAUCAAUCUAGCAAGGAUGGAACAGAUUUGGAUGAGCCCAAAGUUAUUGUUGUAGGAAAUGGAGAUUUAAAUGAGAUUGACGUAGAAGAAUAUGAAAUAGGAGAAGUUAUUGAAGAUUUCGAAGUCACAAAUGCUGAUCACGAAGAGAUUGUAGCAGUUCAAAUUCGUUCUGAAAAUGAUGAAAAUGAAUAUAUUGUUAAUCAGCAGGGUGCAGAUGGGGAAAUCAAGCAUGUUGAAAUGGACGGAAACAAAUUUACGUGCUUACUAUGUCCGUCUGAUGGUGAAAAUAAACCCUUUACUUGUGAGUCCAAAGAUUUAGGAUUUAUGACUUUGCACCUUAAAGUUGAUCAUGAUACCCGAGUGUACAUUUGUGAUAUUUGCGGACUUGAAUUUAGAAAAAGAAAUGAUUUAUCAGCGCAUUUGGAUGACCAUGUGGCACAAGAAGAAGGAGAUUUUCAAUGUGAAGUAUGCAAUAGAAUAUUUAGUAACUUAAGACUUUAUAGGAUUCAUAAAAGAUUACAUUCUUCGCAAAAUAAAUCGUGGUCUUGCGAAGUGUGUGGUAAAAAGUACAGUUCGAGAAACUUAUUAGAGGAACACAAUAAUACCCAUACCGGAGUUCGUCCUUAUGUUUGUUCAAAUUGUGGCAAAGACUUUGCAUCAAAGUACACAUUUAAAGCCCAUAAAAAAACGCAUGAAGCUAGAGAACGAAAUUUUUCUUGUUCGGCUUGUGACAAAACAUUUUUGUCCGCCCAAAAUUUAAUCCAGCACGAAAAAACGCAUUCAGAAUCCAAAGAUUACGUAUGUGAUACCUGCGGAAAAGGUUUUGGGUCCCUUAGAAAUUUGGAAGUUCACAGCGUCGUACAUUCUGGAUUCAAGCCUUUUAUUUGCGGUGUUUGCGGAAAAGCAUUUGCUAGAAAAGCCGAAAUUAAAGAUCACGAAAGGACUCAUACGGGUGAAAGGCCUUUUCAAUGUGAAUUUUGCGGAGCUCAAUUUAGUCAAAGAAGUAAUCUUCAAUCUCACAAAAGAGUCACUCAUUACGACGAUCGGAGGUAUAGGUGCGAGGAUUGUGGUAAAGGGUUCAAGCGUCGAAGAUUAUUAGAUUAUCACAUAAAAGCUGUUCAUACCGGAGAGAGACCAUUUAAAUGCCCAACUUGCGAUGCCACUUUUGUUUACCCGGAACAUUUUAAAAAACAUAUUAGAAUUCAUACUGGAAUAAAACCGUACAAAUGUGAAGUCUGCGGAAAAGCUUUUAAUAGUAGAGACAAUAGAAAUGCUCAUAGAUUUGUACAUAGCGACAAAAAACCUUACGAGUGUUUGGUUUGCGGAAUGGGAUUCAUGAGAAAGCCUUUACUGUAUAAUCACAUGCAGCAAGCGGGACAUAUCAAUGAUACAAUUGUUGUUAAUCAACCGAGACUUACCAUAGAGGAUGAUCAAUUAAUUGUACCCGAUAGAGAUGUAGAUAUUGAAAUGACAAUUGUCGACGAUAACGGUUUGACUCAAGAAGGAGUAUUGGAAGAAAAGCCAAAAUUAUAUUUAACGGAGUUAAAUGAACACGUUAUCAUACAAGGUAACGAAAAAACAUUAUUCAUGACUGAUGGUAUGAAAAUAAAAACUUUAAACGAUGAUGAAGACCAAGAACAAUUGGUGGACGAAAGUGGAAAUUUUGUCGAUAUGGAUGGAAACAUAAUAGAAAUAGAAGAUGAUAGUAAUAUUGCUAUGACUGCUCACAUUAACGAACACGGUCAACUUGUCAACGAUGAAGGACAAAUAAUAAACGAGCACGGACAAAUUUUGACUGAAGAUGGACAACCCCUUGUCGUAGACGAAACCGUUAGUUUUUCAGAAUGUGACGUCAUUGUAAAAGGUGAAAAAUCGGACGAAGAAAGUAAUUAUUCGGGUAAAAAACCGGAAGUGCAUUAUGUACAAAUAAGACUUCCAGACGACGGAAAUAACGAACAGAGAACUUGGUUUAACAUAGUUGAAAAUAAUCAAGUGGAAAAUGCCAGUUAA